AUGUCUCAACAGCAGAGCACUUUCCCCAGUACCGGCUGUGUGGCGGUGACGCGGCGGACCAUGGACAACAGGCCUGUCCGGAGAAAGCGAACCGGUGCCGUUCGACAUCUGCUGCUGGCAGCCGCCUUCCUCGCCUGCAGCUCCCAACUGCUGGUGGUGGAUGCCAACUCAUGGUGGUCACUAGCUCUGACCCCGAUCCAGCGGCCAGAGAUGUACAUCAUUGGAGCACAGCCUCUCUGCAGUCAGCUGUCUGGUCUCUCUCAAGGCCAGAGGAAGCUGUGCCAGCUGUACCAGGACCACAUGGUCUACAUCGGAGACGGAGCCAAGACAGGCAUCAAGGAGUGCCAGUACCAGUUCAGACAGAGGAGGUGGAACUGUAGCACUGUGGACAACACAUCCGUGUUUGGACGGGUCAUGCAGAUUGGCUCGAGGGAAACAGCCUUCACUUACGCCAUCAGCGCAGCCGGAGUGGUCAACGCUAUCAGCCGGGCGUGCCGCGAGGGCGAGCUCUCCACCUGCGGCUGCAGCCGGGCGGCUCGACCCCGUGACCUUCCACGCGAUUGGCUGUGGGGUGGCUGCGGCGACAAUGUGCAUUACGGCUACCGCUUUGCCCGGGAGUUUGUGGACGCCAGGGAGAGAGAGAAGAACUACCCACGGGGUUCUACUGAGCACGCCCGAACACUGAUGAACCUGCAGAAUAAUGAAGCAGGGAGACAGGCGGCCUAUAACCUUGCAAAUGUAGCCUGUAAAUGUCACGGCGUCUCCGGUUCCUGCAGUCUGAAGACCUGUUGGCUCCAGCUGGCCGACUUCAGACGCGUUGGAGAGUUCCUGAAGGAGAAGUACGACAGCGCGGCUGCCAUGCGCAUCGGACGCAAGGGCAAGCUGGAGCUGGAGAACAAGCGCUUCAACACCCCGACUGCAGAGGAUCUGGUCUACAUCGACACCAGCCCUGACUACUGCCUACGCAACGAGACCACGGGCUCUCUGGGCACGCAGGGCCGCCUCUGCAACAAGACCUCGGAGGGCAUGGACGGCUGCAAGCUCAUGUGCUGCGGCAGAGGAUACGACCAGUUCAAGACCUACAAACACGAGCGCUGCCACUGCAAGUUCCACUGGUGCUGCUACGUCAAGUGCAAGCGCUGCACGACACUCGUGGACCAGUUUGUGUGUAAAUAGCACACUGGCAGAUGAUGGACGGAUGGGAGGGGAUGAAGAAGGAAAAAAAAGGAGGAGAGGUGAAGAGGGAGGAGGUGACGGGAUGAUGGAGGGGGAGGGGUAGAUGACGUUUCAGGGUUUCGUUCGGGAUAAGUUAAGACACACAAGGUCCAUUUUCUGACCAGUUUCCCUUCUCUCCUCCAUUUAUAAAUCGCUGCCUUUUCACACGAAGCGCAAACGCUGCGUUAGACCACCUGUGUAGCCUUUUUAUGAUUGUGUGAGUGAAAAGCACAGUGAUGGAUUGAUAGAGUAAGGAGGCAUGUGAUUUCUUCCAUGUUUUUCGGACAACUCUUUCUCACCGCCCCGGCAUCGCAUUCUGCUUUCCUGUAUGAUAUCCUGAUCUCAACCCUGAAGGAAGGACAAAACACAAUGGAUGACCACGGAAGGACAUCAUGGACCUAGAAAGUGGAAUAACUGGAUCUUAAAAAGG